UCAUGGCGACUUACACGGCGCUAAAGGCAGCCAGAAGCUCAUUAAAUGUCUUCUUUAAAGACGCUGCCCUGACUUCUACUAAAACCUUUCUCCUGUCGGACACUUGCACCGGAAAAGGCUCCAGACGAUGGAGGACGUGUGACUCCCGGUCCUCCGACUCGGCUGAAGCCGUGUCUCACUUUGACGGACUGGUCCAGGGCGGCAGGCUGAGGACAGACGCCCAGCAGAGACGCGUCCUGCAGCAGCUGGCUCAGCUGCAGCACAGCCUGAGGACCUACUCCAACAGCGGCUACCUGAGUCCCCCUCAGCCACAGCCGAGCCCGGAGGAGGAGAAGAGCCGGGGUCUCCAGGCUGAAACCAGCGGGAACACACGUGAAGAACCCGAUCUCAAGGAGGAACUCAUUCCCUCAUCACCUCCACUGCCACCCAAAGGCUUCUACAUAUACGGAGAUGUGGGCACAGGGAAGACCAUGCUCAUGGACCUGUUUUACUCCCGGGUGGAAAACAGUCGUAAACAGCGAGUCCACUUCAACGGCUUCAUGUUGGACAUCCACAAAAGGAUCCACCGGAGGAAACAAAGCCUGCCAAAACGAAGGCUAGGGAAAAUGUUCACCUAUGACCCCAUAUCACCGGUUGCCAUGGAGAUCAGCAAUGAGACAUGCCUCUUGUGUUUUGAUGAGUUUCAGGUGACCGACGUUGCUGAUGCCAUGAUCCUGAAGCAGCUGUUCGAGACACUGUUCAAAACUGGAGUGGUGGUGGUGGCGACGUCCAACAGACCCCCAGACGAUCUGUACAAAAACGGACUUCAGAGGGACACCUUCCUACCUUUCAUCGACGUGCUGAAGAAAUACUGCCACACUGUCUGCCUGGACUCGGGGAUUGACUACAGACAGCUGGACCAGGCUGCAGCGGGGAACCUCUACUACCUCUCAGGGCAGCCCGGUGCGGAGGCCUUUAUGGAUGCGCUGUUUGAGGAGCUAACGUUAAGACAAAAAAGCGUUCCAGGCCCGCGGGUGCUCACUGUGCUGGGCAGAGACGUGACUCUAGAGAAGACCUGCGGCUCCAUCGCCGACUGUACCUUUCAAGAGUUGUGUGGUAGAGAUCUGGGUGCCAGCGAUUACCUGGAGAUGGCACAGACCUUCGACACCGUCUUUAUCCGCCACGUUCCCCUGCUCACCCUGUCGUUAAAGGAUCAGGCCAGACGCUUCACCACCCUCAUAGACAACUUCUACGACAAAAAGGUCAGAGUGGUGGUGCUGGCUGCGGCUCCGUUGAACCGGCUGUUUCACCACACGGGAGGAGAGGACGAGCGAGACCGGCAGCUGCUGGACGACCUGGGCCUCGGCCAGGAGGCAGCAGAGCGGCUCACUCUGUUCACGGCGGAGGAGGAGAUCUUCGCCUUCCAGAGAACCGUCUCCCGACUGAUGGAGAUGCAAACCGAAUCCUACUGGGUGGCAGGAGACCGCAGUCGCAGUGGAAAACCCGAUAAAGCAUAACAUCCGUUGCCUACCUCCAGACAGCACAGUACCUCACCAACAUCCACAAGAAACAAACCUGUUUUGGGAAACCAAAGUUUUUUUUUUUUUUUUCAAGAAAGAGCACUUCAUGCCACGGCACCGUCAAAGUACAAGAUGAAACUAACCGCAGGACUUCUUUGUCUUUGACUGCUCUUCAUCCUCUAUGCAUAUUGCAUAUUUUUCAUGUUUCUCUUGUGUGAGGUGUGCUCUCUCCCCCUUGUGGAAUAUUUAAUGUGAGGGAAUAUGUGAAGCUCCCCAGUGAGCCAGAAGACAAACAGACUCUAGUGUGUGAUGGGGAACAGGUGUCCUUCACUGCAGUUGCUUACUGCCCUCUUGUGGAUGAAUGAAUAAAGGGUUAAAAAGUCUGAACCUGAC